AUGGACGUGAAACGGGACUCCUUUCGGCGAUCGGGCUCCUCGAAUAGGCCAGAAAGGUCGAACCCAGUGGACAUGGAAAUGAUGUCGAAGGCGUUCAUCUGUGAUGGCUUCAUGGGUUCUUCCUUCCCUUCGGCAACAUCACCGCCACCGCCACCGCCGAUCACCGAGCCGCUGGCACCCAUAUCUGCAUGAAGAUCUCUGGUCCUGGGGGGUGAUCUCCGCCCCUUCCUGAACCAGGAGCUCUCCAUGAUGCCCUCUGUCGAAAUCCUGGUGACGGGGUUGGGGUCGAGGAUCUUCGCCAGCAGCUUGCGGGCCUCGGAGGAGAACCAAGCGGGGCACCUGAAUGCCGCCUUGGCAAUCUUCCUGUACAUCUCCAUCAGAUUGCCUUCGUGGAAGGGGAGGUACCCGGCAAGCAUGACAAAGAGGAUCACCCCGCAGGACCAGAUGUCAGCCUUGGCGCCGUCGUACCCCUUCCUGUUCAGCACCUCAGGGGCCACAUAUGCCGGCGUGCCACAGGUGGUGUGGAGCAGGCCGUCCUGUCUCUUUGACUCUGCGAGGGCGCUCAGGCCAAAAUCAGAGACCUUCAGGUCGCCGUUCUCAUCGAGGAGCAGGUUCUCUGGCUUGAGGUCCCGGUGGUAGACUCCCCGGCUGUGGCAGAAGUCAAUGGCGCCGACCAGUUGCUGAAAAUACCGCCUCGCCUGCUCCUCCUUGAGCCGGCCCUUGGCCACCAGGUUGAAGAGCUCCCCACCCUUUACGUAUUCCAUGACGACGAAUAUCUUUGACUUGGUGGCCAUGACCUCGUGGAGCUGCACGAUGUUCGGGUGGCUCACCAGCUUCAUCACUGAGAUCUCCCGCUUGAUCUGAUCCAUCAGCCCAACUCUCAUCACCUUCUCCUUGUCGAUCACCUUUAUCGCCACACUCUGGGCUGUCUUGAUGUUGCGCGCAUAGUACACCUUUGCAAAGUUCCCCUGCCCCAGUAA